AUGCGGGUUAUAGGACCAGCCGCCGCCUGUGGUGCACUCGCGCUCGAUGUCUUGACUAUCGUCUCAUCGGCGGUAGGCUCUCCAAUCUUGGGAGCAUCGACCGUGGACGUGAAAGGAGCAGAGGAGUAUAGGCAUCAUCAUCACCAGUUGCCAGCAGAUGCGGUGGCAGCGGCGGCUUCGGGAACAACGGCGGAUACGAGGCAUUUCGCCGCACGCGCCUUGGAUGCCGCGAAGAAAGGCAGCGACGGAGGUGCAUCGACGCAGCACCAGCACAGCAAGGCUUCACCUGCCUCCGUUGCUGCUGCCCAGCCGUCGAGAAGAGCCUACGCCACCCUGCUGUACAGCGAUUUCAUCGAGGGGACGCGCGCCCUCGGCCAGAGCCUGCGGGAGAGCGGGACGAGCGCGGAUACCGUUGUCCUGGUGACCCCGGACGUGCGGCAAGAGACAAGGCAAAAACUCGCCGAGGACGGCUGGAUCGUUCGACCCGUGGCGGUCGAGACGAACCCCAACCAGAACUUCCAGUCCCGCUUGGUGUUUGUGUACACCAAGCUCCUCAUCGUGGAGAUGGAGGAGGAGUACGACCGCAUAGUCUUCCUUGACGCGGACACGCUCGUGCUCGAGAACAUCGACGAGCUCUUCGAGUGCGAGCCGUUCUGCGCCGUGAUGCGCCACUCCGAGCUGCUCAACUCGGGCGUCGUGGUCAUCACUCCCAGCAAGGAGCUGUACGGCCACAUGCACGAUCUCAUCGGGGAGCUAGACUCGUACACGGGAGGCGACCAGGGGUUCUUGAACUCCUUCUACCCAUACUUCGCGGCCUGUCCGGCGUUCGAGCCUUAUCCCAUCCUCGGGUCACGCCUCGCUGGGGUCGGCUCUGGUGUGGAAGAAAUCAACGGCGGGGGCGGCGGUGGCGGGGGCCGAAGAAGAGCGUUAGGAGGGGGCCGAGAGUUGGAUGGCUUACUUGUGGAGGGACGGGGGGUCGAAGACAUGGUUGGGGGAGAGAGGCGGGCGGGGGCGAUGGAAGGGGAAGGGGGAACCCGGCGGCGGAGGCUAGCGGGCGAGGGGUCGGAGUGGGUUCGGCCUAAGGGCUGGGGCUGCAAGAGGCUGCCCACGAGGUACAACGGCGACUGGCCUCUCCUGUUCGUGGAUGGGGACUUGCAGGUGGUGCAGGGGAAGGAGGCCGGGCCAGAGGCGCCGGCGGACUGGAAGCGGCGCAAGAAGGUCAAGAUCUUGCACUUCACUUUCGGCACAGCCAAGCCCUGGAAUUGGUGGACCUACCCGUUCCUCCCGUACGUAGACCUCUGGCUGGAAGCGUUCCAUCGCCUAGACGGAAGGAAAGCGAGUUCGCCCCGCCUGGGCGGCGGCGGCGGCGGCGAAAAGGCGAACAAGGGCGCUGGUAGGACAAGGAGAGGCAGAGGGAGAAGACCGAGAUGGAACGGGGUAGUGGGCCAGGCCGUGCACGGGCUUGCGCCCCUUAUUGUGGUGGCCGUGCUUUGGCGGGCGGCUAAGCGCUGGACAGCCACGCGGAGGGCUCUACGCAACAUGUGCAUCGCGCUCGCACGAUAUACGAUUCCCGUGAACGCUCUUAAUGCGAGGAGCCUUUUCGGCAGUGUCUUCAAUCUGACAAUGGGGCUAGUGCUGGCCCUCUCCGCUGCGGUACUCGCGUUCAAAGCCGUCCCCACCACGAGACUCGGCGCAGCGCGCCCCGAAGCAGCAUGGGCGUUUUUUUGGGGCCGGGCGACGGCCUUGGUGAUCAUCGCCGAAGGUGACUGCGGUUCGUUUUCGGCACGUGCUCGCUCCUACCUCGUGCUCGUAUCCCUCAAGGCGCACAAAGUCUUCGCAGCUUCGACCCCACGGGACAACGCGCUCGAGCUCGACGCCGCCAGCAACGGCGACGGCGGUUGCACGGCAACGCCAAUGAUGGCGCCUCCGGUGGGGGCGUGCCCGGGGCCCCGGCGGGCUACCGGUACGGGGGCCGUGCCGCAACCGCCGGGAGGGCAAGCAAGUGCUACGACGGCGGGCGGCGGAAUCAUCGGUGGCAGCGGUGUGGUGGAGGGGACGGGGAAGCAGGGGGGUGCGAGCGUGGGGGGUCCGUGCGGGCCGCGGCGGCUGGCGCUGACGGAGACGAUGGCGCACCUUGUGUUUCUCUCGGCGAUGGCGACAUCCCUCGUGUCAGCCCCGCUAUGGGUGGGCCUCAACGGGUUUCCAGCCAGCCGCGAGGUUGUCCCGGGGAUAGGUCGGCUGCUCGCCCUGCUGGUAGCGUUCACGUUUUCCGCGGUGCGUCUGCCGCCCCUUUGGGCCGCGCACGCGAGGUCAUUCGACAGUAGUAAUGGUACUAGCACCAAAGGUGUCAGUAGCGGGGGCAGUGGCGGCAGCGGUGGUGGCGGCGGCGUAGGGGCGGGUUGCGGUAGCUGGAAGCGCGGUCGGCGGAUGUCGAGAAGCAACCGUCUUGAGAUGCAGGCGGAAAGAGCCGCCCUGAACAACCUCUCGCCUUUGUCUGAUCAUCACACCGCGUAGAAGCUUUUUACGCCAUACUGAUGAAUCAGAGAUAAUUUUUGGCGUGGGAGGGGGUAGGGGCUGUGCUGAUGUGUCUGGCUUUCGAUUUGCCGGACAAAGCCCGUUCUAGGUAGAUGAUCCGAUGCCUGCUGUCUCAUCAUCAUACCAAGCGUGCUAGAUUUCAAGUGGUAGAGGUUGCGAGUGAAACGCUGAUGGGAAGUCUGUGACGUCCCUGGCUUCAGGCUGGCUAUUGGAAUUUUAUUUUGUGGGGUAUUACAGCGGCUGGAUGCGUGCCCGUGAUUGAUAGGUCUGCAUGCCGGUAGGGUGUAAAUAUCUGAAUCUAGCAUGCGUAAACCGAGCCCCAGCGCGGGCGGUCUCUCUAGCGCGAGGCGUUAGUUAGUCCGCCGGCCAUGGUGUGAUCGUGGUGUAUCUAGUUGGUUUGUGUUACUGUUUUCUGGAAGGUGUUAGCUUGCGCGAGUGUUGGUUGUGUGCUGCCCUCAUGUGCGUGUGUUGUUCUGUGCGUCUAGUGCUGUCACGUGCAAGUGUUUCAUGGGUGUUGGUGUGCACGUUCGUUGGCUGGUGCUUACUGUAAUAUGGUGCUCGAUCCAUCCGCAACAGAUGGAAGGCGGCCUUGGUAUGUGUGGCAGGUGCCGCGUCGCCUCACUGUUGGCCUGCCUGACUUACUGUUCUGGGUCUGACUCGCUAACAGUGGUGGUACAUAAGAAGUACGUGUGUCCGGCUCACCAAUAUUUUCGGCGCUUGGAGUUUGCUUCUGUGGUUUUCUGGGUGUCGAUUCGGAGGAGGUUUGAUUCGAAGUACUCAUCACUGUCAGUUGUUGCCAGCCGUGUUGUGUUGGGGGCUUGCAGUAGGCUCAAGAGAUCUUUGCAGACUUGUGUGUUUCGUACCACGGUGCCUUUCCUGCGCGUCACUGCUGUCCGUUGCGAGAAUGUGGCGAUGACUGCUGUUAAAUCUAGCUCGUCUUUAUAUCAUGUGGACUUGCUGGGUUGAGUUUUCGUUGAUGUCGCUAGACGAGGGGCGAGACUAACGGCAGCGUGCUGCUUGUGUUUUCUCGCCGCAAGCCCAAAAACUUUGGCUCGGUAAUAGGUUCUAUGGUGUUGGGGAUGAGGGGGCACGGAAUCGGAAAAUAACCUUUCAAAAGGAGGCAUUUCCACGAGCUGUGCGUUGAACUGCUUCAGCUAUUGGUGCAU